GACGACAGCGCAUAAAGUACACAGAGGCGAACGGAGGAAAUUUGACGUUACGUUAACGAACUUAAAAAAAUGCCCGACCCUGCGAAAUCCGCCCCAGCACCUAAGAAGGGCUCGAAAAAGGCUGUGACCAAAACACAGAAGAAAGGGGACAAGAAAAGGCGCAAGACCAGGAAAGAAAGCUAUGCCAUUUACGUGUACAAAGUGUUAAAACAAGUCCACCCGGACACUGGAAUCUCAUCCAAAGCAAUGGGCAUCAUGAAUUCAUUCGUGAAUGACAUCUUCGAGCGCAUUGCCGGUGAAGCUUCACGCCUGGCUCAUUACAACAAGCGCUCCACCAUCACAUCCAGAGAGAUUCAGACCGCUGUGCGCCUGCUUUUGCCAGGAGAACUGGCCAAACACGCCGUGUCCGAGGGCACCAAGGCUGUGACCAAGUACACCAGCUCCAAAUGAAGGUAGGAGCACAAGAUGGACUGAACGGAAGAGGCGCCUUCGGAAGACGGAAGUGAUCCCUGCUUAUUGAUACGAUAUCGCAUGUUUAUUCCGGGGUUUUUGUUCAUCCUGCGCAAAAUUACUGCCUGAAAUGUGCUGGAAGGACGUUUAAAAAGACCGUAUAACUGCAGCCAUUUGUCAUUUGUUUAUUGCUUUUAUUGAAUGUUCCUCUUAAAACGUACUUGUUUGCAUGUGUGAAAGAAGUUUCCUCAUUUGUAAUACUUUUGGUGCUUUUGAGCUCCAGAGUCCACUUCAUAACAUCUCUGUGGUUCCAGCCAGAAAUCCUGGGGACAGCUGGUGGAGAACGAUUCUAUGUACUGUAUGGAUUUAAAGUGUCUUAAUAAUGCACAUUAGUUCACAAUGAGUUGUUAACUCACACAAUAAACAUGUUGAUUCAUGUUGA